CCAGUCUUGAGGGAGGUUGAGGGAGCCCGAGCCGCGAGGAGUUGCGUUGAGGAGAUGUCAUCUUUCGUACCAUCACGGGAACAUCCGAAUCGAUCCUCUCAAUUGGAAAGCUUCAUGCAGGAAUACUUCAAAAGGUUACCUCAAACCUCAACUUGAACUCAAUGGACGUCGAACGAACACCAUUAUUAACUUCAAGGAAUUCUUACGAUUCUAGGACUAGUCAACGUUCAGUCAGAGUUAAACUUCAAUCCAUCUACACUCGAACCCGUUAUUAUGUUCCUUCACUCGAUUGGAUCCCACAGUACUCAAGUUCCGAUUUCUUUCAUGACGCAAUGGCUGGUCUCACUUUAGCAUGUUUAUUGAUCCCUCAAUCAAUAGGUUAUGCUACUCAGUUGGCUGGAAUACCUUCAAUCAAUGGUCUCUUCUCUGCUGCCAUCCCUGCUCUCGUCUAUCCGUUCUUUUGUACUGGUCGACACGUAUCAGUAGGACCUGAACCGCCCUUGAGUUUAUUGGUCGGUCAACUCAUCAACCAACUCAUACACCAUCAUUCUAGUUCUAGUCAUGCGGAGCUAUCGGAGCUUGAACGUCGCGAACUUGCAAGAUCGGUUUCUACCUUGAUCACCUUUCAAACUGGAAUCAUCACCUUUGCUUUCGGUCUUUUCCGACUCGGUUUCCUCGAUGCCGUACUUUCGAAACCUCUCUUGCGAGGUUUUGUGACAGCGAAUGCGGUGGUGAUUGCGAUCGAGCAACUCACAUCUAUGCUCGGUCUCACUACUCUGCUUGGACGUCAAAAACCUAGCCCACCUCAAGGUUCAACUGACAAAUUGUUUUGGUUAAUGCAUCAUCUACGCUUUACACAUCCACUCACAGCUGUUAUCAGUAUUAUCUCGCUCAUCGCUCUGCUGAGUAUCAAAUUGUUCAAAUCAUCAAAACUUUGCCAUCGCCGUGUCUCCUUUUUCAAAUUUAUACCUGAGAUUUUACUCGUCGUCAUUCUCGCUACCAUCCUUUCUAAGAUUUUUAAUUGGGCAGAAGAAGGCGUGGAAGUAGUUGGUCCGAUUCGUGCCAAUGAAAUCGGGUUCGGCUUACCCUGGAAAAACUUGAAUAGAGCAAUGGUGAAAGAGACCUUUGGCACAUCUCUCACCAUAUGUAUUUGCGGGUUUGUAGAUUCGAUUGUGGCUGCCAAGAGUGAAGGGGCCAGGUUUCAUUAUGCUGUUAGUCCCAAUAGAGAAUUGGUCGCUCUUGGAGUCUCCAAUCUCUUCAACUCAGUGGUGGCCGGUAACAUUCCAGCUUUUGGAUCCAUUACUCGCAGUCGACUAAAUGCUUCGACUGGCGCUAGAACUCCAUUGGCAUCAAUCAUCACCGGCUUAACGAUUCUCUCCGCCACCUAUGUCUUGCUCGACUAUCUAUCAUAUUUGCCCAAAGCGGUACUCGCCACCGUUAUCACCACAAUGGUGUUUCAUUUCUUUGCUCAGCUUCCACCUGACUUGACAUUCUUUUGGAAGUUGAAGGCCUGGUCUGAGCUAGGAUUGAUGACCUUCACCUUUUUGAUGACAUUGAUAUUCGAUGUGAAGACGGGUAUCAUCCUCUCAGUGGGAGCUAGCUUGGUCCUGACGGUAAAGGAUGCAACAGCGAUCAGGGUAAGAAUCUUAGGGCGGAAUAGGCACAGUAGGAAUUGGGAGCCCAUCGAUUGGAGGAGUGAUACUUUGAAUCAGCCAGUCGAGAGAGACGAGGAAGAAAUCCCAGGUGUACUGAUCGUCAAAAUCAGAGAGUCACUUAGUUUUGCCAAUGUGGGAGGAUUGAAAGAGCGAUUGAGAAGACUGGAAAUGUUCGGUUACCAAAGACGACAUCCAUCUCAAGCAAGGGAGCGUGAACAAGUUCAAAUGAUAGUCUUCGAUUUGGGUGAUGUUGAGCACAUCGAUCCAUCUGCACUUCAAAUCUUUAGAGACUUGCUACUCGAAUAUCGAACUCGUGAUGUUGAGGUUUGGCUCUGCCAUAUCAAGCCUAAUCAGCUCGAUUUAUUAAGACUGGCUGGCAUUGUUGAUGUCAUUGGAGAUGAGAGAGUGCUCCCCAAUGUGAAUGAGGUACUGAAACAAGUUCAGAAAUCAAGAGUAGGAAGUGAAGUGAACUUGUUAAUGAGAACGGAAAGUGACGAUUUUCUACCUCGGAUCUAACUGUAGGAACAAGAACAAUGGAUAAUCUUUCAUCUCUUUGUAAACUUGGAUUUUUUUCUUCCAGCAAGGUAUUGCACGCAAAUAAUCUUCAAAUUAAACAUCAUUUUUCCUUUACUGGUAAUUGUACAAUUUAGGCUAUAUAGAACUCGAAGAAGCAAUGUUUUUUUGUAUAUGACUCCUUUUUGAUUUUCUUCUAUGGAUUGCGUCAUUUGUUUAUGUGAUAGAGGCAGACAGUAAUGUUUUUUGUACCGAUCAUCAGCUAGAUCAGUGAUAAAUGUGAUGUAUGAGGUUUUCUGCAGUUCCCUCUUGUUCU